AUGUCUGAUUUAGUGUCGAAACUGAGGACAUGGGCCUUCUCAUCCAUCGAAAAUGAUGAGAGCAAUGACAAACUCCUUGCCGUUCCAUCAUCACCCUCGAGCUCCGUGUCAUCUUCAGACGAAGAACAAGGUUCUCCGCGACCUCGACCGCAGACAAAACCUCACGCUUAUGACAGAAUCCAAGUCUGCGCCAAGAUCAGCUUUGGCUUGGUUUUUCUAAUCAUUAUUCUGACUGCAGCCUUCAUCGUCAAUAUUCUGAGCGAAGAUAGCAGCAGUGGUAUCGUUCCCAAUGCUCCGUUGCCACCAUCACAAGGCGGUAGCAAAGUCGUCGAACACUGUGGUCUCUCGGCACAAGAAGCCAUAGAUCGGGGAUGUUUAUGGGACAUCAUGUCUUUUGGGUGGAUUCAUCCCGCCUGCUAUGACAGAGAAGAGUCUGAUAGGUGGGCAGAGAAAUAUGGACCUUUUGAAUGGUAUGUUGAUGAAGGUCAACCGGUGGAUGAGAAGGAGGAACCCCUUAACGGCACUCUUACACAGCCAUUGAGUCUUGACGAGAUUCCGUUCACCCAGUCAGUUUGGACGACACAAGGGUAUCAUGUCAUGCAUUGUUUGUACCUGUUGAAAAUGGUCCAUGUAGCGGCGUUGCAUGAUGCGCCUGUUAGCAAUGAGGCGGUAAACUUGGGACAUACGGAUCACUGUGUUGGCUUGAUUGGAAAUACAGAUCUGAUUGAGUAUGAUGUUAUCACGACACCAGUUAGACUACUCUUCGUGCAGUGUGUCACUUUGACAUAA